AAGUUCCGGUUCCGAAUAGUCAAUGAAGAAAUAAACGUAAGAGAAGAUGAUUUUUUUUAAAUAUUGUGCAUUAAUUCUGUUCAAUUUAUUUACUCUAAUAAACUCGCAUACAUAUGAAAUCUAUGAUAUACCCAAAAUAUUUGAAAUUCUUCACCAUUCCUGCUUUGUUGGAUUUAAUGUAGCUGAAUUAAAAACAUAUGGAAGUAUUAAAGAUCUCUCUAAUAUCUAUCAAGAUGACAAUGUUACCGUGGGGCUAUUCAAUGUAUCAGGAUUUGAACUAUGGCCAAAUGGUCAAAAAGUAGAUCAGAAUAUGUUUAUGAGCAGUUUUGUAGCUAUUGAAAAGAUUAACUUAGAUAGAUCUUGCUUAUUGAUGCCAUCUCAUGUUUUCGCCUCACCCAAACCGGUACCAUACAAAGGGAUAAUGUCGCUGAACUACCUUGUUGAAUUUAUAAAUAGUCUUUGCUCAACUUUCAGACAGGUGGACGGUACUUUAGAUGCAAAGGGUAAGAGGAAAGAGUCAAUAUUACGGGAUGUUUAUAAGGUAACUGGAAGAACUAUUGAAGAAUUAUAUAAGAAAUAUCCUAAUAGUCUUAAUGCUCAUUUCGUACGUGCUGAUCAAAUGAAUAAUGAAAUGUCUCAAUGUGAAAUUUACAAUAAACCACCGUCUGCUAAAGAAUUUUUUGAUAAAUUUCUAACUAAAUCAAAACCAGUUAUUUUUAAAGGUUUAGCAAACAAUUGGAAAGCUCUGGAAGACUGGAAAAAUAACUAUAUCAGGGAGAAACUGUCCAAUCAGGUAGUUCAUAUUAAAUUAACGCCAAAAGGCGAUUUUGAAGGUGUUGAAUCAGCAAAACUAUGGGAAGAUUACGAAAGUUUAGAAAUACCCGAAAAGGUUCGAAAGCAAUUAGAAUUUCCCGAUCUGGUCGUUGUCAGGCCAGCCCCGGCAAAUAUGAAAAUGAAGGAAUUUUUAGAUAUAAUAGAAUAUACAGGCUCCUUAAAGAAUUAUACUAUGAGAAAUAUAUCAGCCUAUAUGGAAUAUAGUUCUAUUUCAGAAUAUAUGCCAGAUAUGUUAAAUUAUAUAGAAGAGCCAGAAUUUAUUAAAGAGUACUUAGACAAAGAGCACACAAAUUCCUGGUUAAGUGACGGUCAUACAAUUGGAAGGCUUCACUUUGAUCCUUACGAUAAUCUAUUAUGCCAAGUAUCCGGAACUAAGCAAGUUAUUUUAUUCGAACCUUGGGAUAAUGAGAAUCUUUACGAAUCUCAUAUUAUUCAAGGUUCGUUGAGCUUCGAUAGAAAGGUUAAAAAAUUCCGAAGAAAAUCUCGAGACGACAGUACUUCAAUGGUUAUGUCACCAGUCGAUGUAAAAAAACCAGAUUUUACAAAAUUUCCUAAUUUCGCUAAAACUCGUCCUCUAAAUUGUACUAUAUCUCGUGGAGAUGUACUCUAUAUGCCCUCGUUUUGGUGGCACGAAGUGAAUUCUAUGCCAAAUAUAACUGAAAAAAGGAAUUUGGCUGUGAACUUUUGGUAAGAUGUUGGGGCUUUUCUUUCUUCAAGCAUUCUCUCUUUCUCUGUCUUCUCUAUUUUCUUCCAUUCAUUACGUUCAAAUGAUAUAGCUUGUUUUUUUAUUUUUUUCUUUUUUAGGUAUACACCAUUUUUAACAAAAGAAUAUCCUUGUCGAACAUGUAAAAUGGAUGUAAACAAGAAAUACUUUGAUCUACUAUGAUGCAAUAAUACAUAGGAAGAGACAAUUAUUUUAAUAUGCUUAAUAUUGCUAUUAAAAUUAUUGGUAAACUAAGUCCAUAAAGAGCAAUUAUUCUUCUAUUACUUCCACUCCAUUGUUCAAACUCCUUCUUAGCUUCUUUCUCUUGCAUCUUUCGAUGAUAACUCUCUCUUAUAUUUCUUCCGUAAUGUUCUUUGUAAAACUCAUCGAAAUUAUAAUAGCUCGUUCUACCACUCAUCGGAGCCUUAGACCUAGCUUUAAACGUUCCUCUUUGUCUAUAAAAUUGUCUAUAUGAUGGGUCAACGUUCUUCAUUGCCUCUUUUACUUCGUAAAUUUCGAAACGUUCAUCGUACAUUUUACGCUGAUCAGAAUUCCCUAGAAUUUCGUAGGCUUCCGUUAUUUUUAUAUAUUUUUCUUUAGCUUCCUUUGAUUUAUUUACAUCGGGAUGAUAUGUUUUUGAUAGUUUAUAAAAAGCUUUUUUGACUUGACUUUGGCUGGCUUUUGGGGAAAUUUGUAAAAUGUCAUAAAAGUUCACUUCUUUAACUGUUGAAGCAAUUCUUCGUAACUGUACAAAUGGGAUAUUUCUUUGCUGUAACAAUAACAUCAUUACGGAUUUUUAUGGCCUUUUUUCUCUUUCUUUAUUUUUUAUUUUGUUUACAGAGAGGUUGGAAUUAAAAAAAAUUGUCCUUGACCCUGAA